AUGGAAUCGGGUGCUUACCCAGUUGGUUACAGAUUUCAUCCUACAGACCUGGAAUUGGUGGCUUACUACCUCCACAACUGGGUUGCCAUGGUUGAUCAGUUUCGCUCGAGUCCAAUCUUUGAUUUUCCCUAUUUCUAUGGCAAAAAUGAGCCCUGCCUCAUUUGGGACAUGUUCCGUGCCCAAUCCAACAGUCCUAUGAAGGAGGAGGAGGAAGAACCUCUAUAUUUCUUCACUCACCGCAAGAAAUUGAAUCCCAAAGCGAAAAAAAUUGAUAGAAAAGUGGGAUUGGGAACAUGGAGUGCCCAGUAUUCAAAAAAUGUUGUUGCUGCUGAUGAUAGUGUUGUUGGAAUUAAGAGAGAAUUUUGGUAUGAGGGUGGAUCUGAUCCACAUCAAAAUGGGGCUUGGUUGAUGCAGGAGUACCAGAUCACAUCUCACAGUAAUGAUCUCGUACUCUGCACCCUCAGAAAAAAUCCCAGAAAACUUCCACCCCCAACUUCUCCUGCUCCUCUGAAUCAGAGCCACAAUAUUAUUAGCAACAAAAGGAAGAUGAAAUUCAGUGAGGAUGAGGAGGAUAUAAACACAAAGACAAAGACUUUCAAAAGAAAAAAAAUGGAACCUCCUAAACAAAAACAACAACUAAUGUUGCCCUCUACCUCUUACUUGUUUGAGCAGCAGUUUGAUCAAUCUAAAAUAUUAUUUGAUAUCGAUGAGCUCUGUUAUAUUGAUGAUCAGCAGGAGAGCAAUGAUGAUCUCAUGACUUCAUUUGCUCCCUCAUUUGUUACUGAUGAUCAGCUUGAGGUUGUUGAGGUUGAGAAGGAGGGCAGUAAUGAUGAUCUCAUGGCCUCAGCUGGUCAACCGUUAUCUGCUAGUGAUGAUCAGAUUCAAACUGUUCAGGUCGACGAGACUAAUAAUUCCAUUACUAAUUCUCCUAAUGAUACUUCAUAUGCGUAUUUUGAUCCUGAAGUUGAGGCAUUCUUUGGUUUGACUACUGAUGAUAUAUACGAUGAUGAUGAUGACUGUCAUUUUUCGAGUUCUGAAAUACAGGCAUUCUUAGCUUGUCUGGACUGA